AUGACCGGCCUUGGGGUUCUUGGAAAGUCAAACCAGAGCCCAGAAGCCGAAAGCCAAGUUGCCGGGCGCCGGAACGCUGGGAUGGCCCCAUUGGGCACUUCGGAGGGCCGAAGAGGAUUUCUCGGAACGACGAGAAUCGGCACUGGGGCCGUACUGGGGCCGUACUGGGGCCCAUACUACCUCCACCGCCGGGGGGCAUCGGGUGCGCAAUGGGUCGACUUGGCGAGGACCGCCGGCUCUGAAGGCGCCGUAACUUUCCUCGCUCUUCCGCCUUCCAUGAACCUUCGGCCACAUCCACCCAAAACUCUCAUUCUGCAUCUGCUCAUCAUGGCUCUUCACGGCCGCGAGUGA